GAACGGCCGCUUCGUGUUGCUGCAGGCUUGCUGCUUGUGGAGAGCCUGGCUGGGGGAGAGAACCGUGGGAGAAUGUGGAAUACCUCUGACAAAAAAAACAAGUAAAGUUUCUGAUUGAUAAACAUCCGGCGGCGUGGACGCAAGACACCGAACAGGUAUCACCAGCAGCUUGGCAACAUCUCUUCUCUCCCCUGGCUCGUGUGAGGACGGAUAGUCACAUCUGUAGUCGCCCGGUGCCUCCUUCCUGGUCGUUACCGUUUCAAACAUCUGUAAAGACUCCUCCGCACCGCCAUGGCCUCCGUCACCCAGUCCUCCGAGCCGGAGAUCCCAGACAACCACAGAGAGAGCUGGCUGGCGCUGCUCUCCGCCGCCGAAUCGUACUGCCAGAAGUCGGGCAGCGAUCUGGCAAUACUCACGGCGUGCAAGAAGUCCCGUCCCCCGGCCGGAGGCGGGACCAGGAGAUGGGAGGGCAGCGGCGUCUUCCCGAAGGAGUGCGAUUUCUCCUACAGCGCGUGGGGUCAGGGCUUUCUGGCCGAGUCCGCGCGCCGCUACAUGGACGACAUCGGCGUGUUGCACUCCACGACCAUGCUGACGGCCCAGAAGCACACGCGCCAGGCCGGGACCAAACUGGUGGUCGACCUGACCUCUGACCCCGGGACCAGAGGGAGCUUCACGGGCGACGGCGUGGUGGGCGGAGUCAGUCCCAAUGACAGGCUGUACUCCCAAAGCUACCCGUCAAUCUACAGCUCGGCCGCUGCGACGGGGCCGGGCGGCGGGCAGAACUCCGAGGCGGAGCGGGAGAAGUGCGUCCGGGAGGCCGAGGAGAGCAGACAGAGGUCCGGCAUCGCCGACCUGGAAGAGGAGGACGAGGACGAAGAGGAGGACAUGGACGAGAGGAGGCCUUACGGGAACGAAAGUGCCGGUGUCUUCUCCAUGGACGAGGACUCUCUGUCUCGGGACUGCGAGCCGUUCUUUGAGUCCGACGGGGAGGAGGAGAGCACCGACGGCUCCAUGAGCGAGGACGCCCCGCCGCCGCCGCCGCGCGGCAUGGCCAUGGGCCAGGCCUCGCUGGCGUCCCGCCACGCCCACUCCUUGGCCAUGGCGCGCUCCCUGCCCGUGUCGGUGCCCGUGUGGGGCUGCGGAGGAACCAGAGGUCAAGGGGAGAACAACAGCGGGGAGCGGAUGGGCGUUGCGGACCUGGACCACAUCGCCGCCAGCAUGAAGGCCCUGUUGGCCCCCCGAGCCACGGACGGGACCGAGAUGUUCGGGGCCCUGCCUCGGCCCCGCCUCAACACGGGGGACUUCUCCCUCAAGCACUGAGCGAGCAGGGGGGGGGGGGGGGGGCAGUGGAGGGCAGGAGGAAGGGAUAGAGGGGCGAGGUGAAGGUCGUCCUGACCAAGGAGGGGUUGGGAUGUGAAACAGCGUUAACGCUUAGCGGCUCCGUUUAUUUCCCUCGAAGCGAAAUGUACACGCACUUGCUUUUGAGGGAAAAGAAACGUUGUGAACACUAUUACCAUUUUCCACAUGACACCACCCGUCACUACACACGCCACAGUACACAACACUACAUCCGGAUUGGCCGCCAGGACGUGUGUGUGUAGCGCCUCACGUUACGGAGCAUCAAGGGCACUAAAACGGUGGAUCUGAAACUUGAAUCGGCUCAAAGAAACGGUUUUAACAUCGCUAUGUUUUUUUUUUUUUUGCGAGAAGUUUGGAGCUGCACUUGGGAGAUGCUUAGCUUAGCUUAUCUUAGCUUAGCUUAGCAUGGAUUGGGAGCAAAGGGAAACACCUAGCCGGGAUUCUAUGAUGUUGAAAACACCUCUAAAAAAAUCACAUUAAAUUAUUCUUUUGGCACACACGUUUAAAAGUGUUGGUUCAGAGAGAGCCAGACUAGCGGUUAGCCUGGCUUCCGGUCCUUAUGCUAAGCUAAGCAUCUGCCUGCAGUUUUAGCAUUAGCACAGGAGCCGGUGAUCCGUCGGGGUCACAUGGGCGUCUCGCCUGCCUGCUGCUAUAGUUCACUGAGGAAAUUUACAGGCUGUUUAUUUAUAUUUUACACCCCCCACAAAAAUACAACAUAUUCCUUAAUAUGAACCAAAGGAGUUGUUGACUUGACACGAACCUUGUGGCUUUUCCAAAUGUUAUUGGAGGACGCGGCACCGCCUCCUAACACGCCUAACAUGUACUUUUAUUUUUGCCAAUGAAUGACUGAUAGAAUGAUUGUAAAUCAACACUGCGUUAACGGUUGCUCCAGUUAUCUUGUUAAAAUGACUGAUUUUGAAUGAGAAAGCGACUGUACGAGAGCGGGAGAUACAGAGAGUGAUGGGUUGGUUUUAAAGAAACAAAUGUCCGUCUCUGACAUUUUCAAAACAGAUAAAUGUUCCGUUAAGUACUUUAAUGUUUGAAAUAAAGGAGCGACACCAAGAGAAA